AUGGCAGGAGGUAUAUACCCCAAUAGCCCCAUGGCCAGCCUGGACUGUGAGCUUCGCUUGGAGACGUUUUACAAGUGGAUCUCCAGCAGCUUGGAGGAGAAGGAGACCUUCCUCAGAAAAAUCCUGAGAGAGAGGAUUCCUGGUUUGCCCAGGGAAGAUCCUGAGAGAGAGCUGUGCCUGCUGCAGUCUGUGAGGAGAGCAGCCCUGAGGAUGCACCAGGACAGGCAGGAACGGGCUGAGGAUGGGCUGCAGGAGGGUCUGAGCCCGGCGGAGGCCGUGGCUGUGCUGGCGCUGCUGGAGGAGCACGAGGAGCCCCUGCUGAGCCACUCCGUGGCCUUUGCCGAGCACCUGGAGCGGGAGCUGCGGGAGCUGGAGGAGGCCAACCUCCACGCCAUCCUGUCCUCGGAGCAGCAGCUGGCGCAGCUGAUGGGCGCCCUGGACGAGGCCCUGGCCGAGGUGGGCAGGCUGGAGCAGAGCCUGCAGGUGUGUGAGGAGAUGCUGGGCGCUGUGAGGCAGAGGAUGGACCUCAUCCACCAGGAGAGCUCCCUGCUGCAGCGCCUGGCCUCCAACAGGAGCAGGCUGAUGGAUGAGAUCCUGCUCCUCACGACCCAGUUGCAGCUGAGCAGGGAGCACUGUGCCGCCCUGAGCAGGGCAGACCUGUCCAGCCCCGCAGCCAUCGCGGCCUGCACGGCCGCAGCCCAGGCUCUGUCCUCCUGCAUGGAGCUCCCCAUCCAGCCCUGUUACCGGAAGCUGCAGGCAGUGGCUGAGCAGCUGAUCCUGUUUGAAACCCUCAAGCAGAACUUUGAGAGCUCCUUCAUCAGCCACAUCACCAACAUCUUCGAGCUGCAGGGCAAUUCCCAGGUCCCUGCUCUUGGUGGCACCGUGGCUGCCCCAGGGCACAGAGCCCACCACGAGGAGCUGCUGCCCUUCACCCCCCUCAUGGCCUGGCUGAGGAGCUCCAACCCUGCUUUGUUCUGGGACCUCCCCAAGGUGUAUUCCCAGAACCUUGGCAGGCUCUACGAGCGGGAAAUCAGAGCCCUUUUCGAGCAGGCCAAGAUCUCCCUGUCAGGAAGAAGAAAAGGAAGUCUGCAGGAGACGUGGGAGAAGGCAGCAGGGAGCAGGCAGCCGCGGUGGAGCCUCCCCAGGAGCAGGGACAGCCAGGAGGGCGCCCUGGCCAGGGGGAGCAUGAGCAGGGUGUUGGAGCAGGUGCUGAGCGAGCUGCAGCCCCUCUGCACCUCGGAGCAGCAAUUCCUGCAGGAAUUCUUCUGCCUCGGCUGUGGCUCCGUGGAGAUGGAGGUGAGGGGAUCUCCCACUAAGGCAGGAGAGCCCACAGCAGCUCCAGAGGACCCUCCUUGCUCCAAGAGCCAGAGCCAGCCAGAAGAAGCCACAACCCAACUGCUGAGCGAGAUCUUCAGCUGCCUGGAGCCGGAGCUGAGGGCGUUUCUGGAUGUCUGCAGCAAGGCUCAGCCCCUGGGCUGCCUGCAGGUCCUGGUGGCCCUGAGUGACUCCGUGCUGGGCACCUGGGGCCUUUCCUCAGCUCCCUCCUCGUCCUUCCUGCACUCCCUCCUGGGCAACGUGCUGCUCCUGGCCAAGAGCAACCUCAACAAAUGCAUCGGGACCUUGUGCAAGGAGAUGGAGGAGGCCAAGCCUGUCAGCAGGACCAGAGGGGGGAUCCUGCCCUGUGUCAGCCGCUUCCAGGAGCUGGUGGCCCUCUCUGAGGAGAUGUUCCAGACAUGCCAGCGCCGGGGGGAGCUGGACAGGGCCCUGCUCAGGCUGGCCAGCAGCGUCCUCAGCAGCAUCAGCAGCCUCUCCUCAGCCAACCUGAAGGUGAACACGGAUAUGGUGAUGAUGGAAAACUUCCACCACCUCCACAACUUCCUGUGCCAAAGGAACAUCCCCUGCCUGGAGGGCAAGAAGAGAGAGGCCAAGCAAAGGUGCAGGGAGCACAUGGAGAAAUACAUCUCCACACACGUGGGCCAGCCCCUGGAGAGGCUCAAGCAUUUCUUCGAGGGUGUCAAGGCCCGCCUGGCCCAGGGGGUGAAGGAAGAGGAGCUCAGUUUCCAGCUGGCCUACAGCAAGCAGGAACUGCGGAAAGUCAUUGAAAAAUAUCCUGGCAAGGAAGUCAAAAGGGCCCUGGAGAGCCUCUACAGGACAAUGCACAAACAUCUGUCCCCUGAGGGAAAUCUGCUGCCGGUGGUGUGGCAGGCCAUGGAGCAGGGAUUCAUCCGGCAGUACCAAGAGUUUGAGGAGCUCAUCCAACGCUGCUAUGCAGGAGCAGGGAUUGCCCUGGACUUCACCAUGGAGGACUUGCUGAGCUACUUCAACUCCAUCACCAUGGCCAACAUGUAGGGAAAUCCCUCUCUGGAUGUCAGGAGCAGCUCAGGAAUCCUUGUCUGCAGCCACACCUCCGAGGAGCUGAACACAAAACCAUUCCCAAGUUGGAUACUGGGGUUCCUACUCUGAACUCAAUCCCAAUCUCCAACCUGUUGAUCCUAGACUAAAUCUCUCUUGGGGAAGUGGAGUUGUCAGACCCAAACCACAACUUCCCUCCUCCAGGAAAUAAUUCUGCCACCAGGAAAUGACAUUCCAAGCCUCAGAUUUCCCCCUAAGUGCACGUUGGUGCCGCAAAUCCCCAGCAAAACAUUCACAGUGGAAAAAUGUCUUCUCUCCAGGGACUUUCUCCUUUUCUGUGCUCGAAUUUCAGUGAGCCUGUGCUAAACCAGAGGUUAAACCACAUGGAACCACUCUGAGUGAGAGGUGUUCCCACAUCCAGGUAU